GUACCACUUUUCUUUCAUUUACCGUGACGGCAGCCGCCUGCAGGACCUCAUAAAGAGGUCCCAGGCUGAGUAAGUCUCUUGCAUAGUUAACAACGUUUGCUUCUUCCCUUCUCUUCCCCGCAAGUUUCCAUACUCUCAGUCCUCGUCUCUGAGCAAAGGAGACGAGACUUCAAAUUGACGAAAAACCCAGGAGGAAAAUAUUAUAUCCAUACCACUAGGCCCGAACUCGGCCACUGCAUAUUCACACUCACGAGCCCACCAUACCGCCACACAAUGACAUUCUCAAAAACACGAGGCGAGAAAAUGGAGAGCACGAGAGGCGAGAAGCUAGAGCACUUCAAGAAGCAUAGGCGUGACCCACUGACAAGGUGGGUCGCGCGUGCUGCCGCCCUAUUCCUCUUCUUUGCAACGUGUAGCUGGCUUGAUACUAUCAAGGACCAGUGGUAUGUCCUGAACCCGACCUUCUUAAACGAAUUGGCCAAUUCGGCCAUUGCUGCAUCGCCAGAAAAUCCUAAUGGCAUGGUACAGCACAUCAUCACGAACCUCACGUCUACCUUCCCGAGUUCCACGCGCCAGAUCUCCCUCAACACGAAUUCCUCGGAAUGGGUGUUCAACAAUGCAGGCGGCGCCAUGGGCGCCAUGUACAUCAUCCACGCGUCCAUUACAGAGUAUUUGAUUAUCUUUGGGACCCCACUAGGCACGGAAGGACAUACCGGGCUACAUACCGCUGAUGAUUACUUCAACAUUUUGGUCGGCGAGCAGUGGGCUUUCAAACCUGGUGCGAUGGAAAUGGAGAAAUAUGGUCCUGGCGACGUCCACUUUUUGCCAAGGGGUACGGCAAAACAGUACAAAAUGCAUGAGGGUUGCUUUGCCCUGGAAUAUGCCAGAGGCUGGAUUCCAUUAAUGUUACCAUUUGGCCUGGCGGACACAGUCUCGUCCACGCUUGACUUGCCCACCUUCUUUCACACGGUGCGCAUUACUGGACGUGAAAUUUUCAAGAACCUUCUUGUUGGAAAAAUAUAAGCUUUUAAUCGGAGUGGCAUGGGCGUGAAUUGAGGCAAGAGUCUUAUGCGAAAGGCGAUGCUUCAAUUAUACCUAGGUUUUGAUCAUUUAAUUUAGUGUCAUGUAGAUCAAUGACGGAAUAAAUAAUCCAUGAUCAGCGAAUUUUUGUUGAUAUAUGCCUGGCGGACAUACAGUAUAUCCAACCGUCUCGUAUUUUACAUGUUCAUAGAGCCCAAGAAAUGUGAGAUACGUGUAUAGUCUAAUGUACAUGCCCUACUUACGUGCACUCCAAUUGUUAGUUGAAUUUACAAAAUGUACAGAGAACUCUGCGAUCAUACAUCUCAUCUCAUUCCU